CCCACAAAACUGAGCAUGCUUUUUUUCAUGUAGUGAAUCUCACCUAGAUUACACAUGGCGUUUUCGCAGCCGAGGUUAGUUAUUGUGAUUGUUCUUUGCUUUUCAAUAAAAGCAUUUUUAUGUUCAGCCCGUAGAAGCAAGUCAGGAAACGAGGCCUUACUUCAAUGCACUCUUAAACAAAUGUGUGAAUGUGGCAUACGCCAGCGUUUUGAAGAUUGCUACAAUGAGUUGACAGAUAAUUCGAAGAUCUGGAUGGUAGACGAAUUGAAUACAUGCAAUCUUGUUCAACUGGAAUACGACGAAGUUCAGGAAGAUAUAGAUAAAAUAUGCACUCUUGAUCGUGAGGAAUUGAGACCCUGUUUCAAUGAAUUUAAUAACAAAGCCACAAGACGAAUUAUAGAAGCUUCAAGUGGAAUGCAUGGUCCAUAUGAAAGUCCAGCGUUUGAAAGAGCAAGGAAAUGCUCUGAAGCAAUUGUUGCUUUCUGCCAGUCAACUCCUGACAUGUGCAUGAGCAUUGGUUAAGAAAGAAGAACAACGGAAAAAAAUGAGUUAAUUCCAAUUUAAGAAGAAAUUGGCUACAAUACAAGAUUCAAGAGAUUUCCUUUUUUUGCAACGGAAUCCUGCCAUUGUAAAAUAAAGAAAAACAUUCAUUAUUACAUUUCUUUCUCACUGCACAUUGUUUAAUGCAAUGUAUAAAUAUUUCUAAACAUUAAUUGUUAUAAUAUGCAUAUGUAAACUUUGU